GUGCGAGGCUGAUAAAUCGUACCUCUUGUGUUACACCUUUCCUUUCUGCCUUUUUUUUUUUUUUUAACACAGCUUUUAUAGUUGUUUAAGAUCAGAGAAAGCACCUGCCAGUUGCUUUUUCUUCUCUUUUGCUCCCUUCUUCUGCCUCGUGCAAGAUGGAGCUAGAAAAUGAAAUUAUCAGCUCUUCCAGCAAUUCUUCAGCAGGCUCCAGAGAGUACAAGGUGGUGAUGCUAGGAGCAGGGGGAGUUGGCAAAAGCGCAAUGACAAUGCAGUUCAUAAGCCAUCGGUUCCCUGACUAUCAUGAUCCAACUAUAGAGGAUGCCUAUAAAACUCAAGUCCGAAUUGAUGAUGAACCAGCCUAUUUGGACAUUCUAGACACUGCUGGACAGGCAGAAUUCACAGCCAUGAGGGACCAAUAUAUGCGAGGCGGAGAAGGCUUCAUUAUCUGCUAUUCCAUCACAGACCGCCAAUCAUUUCAAGAAGCUGCUGAGUUUAAGGAACUCAUUUAUCGUGUUCGGCACACCUAUGACAUCCCCUUGGUGUUGGUGGGAAACAAAAUAGAUCUUGAAGAAUUCAGACAGGUCUCGACUGAAGAAGGAAUGAGCUUAGCCAGAGAAUACUCCUGCUCCUUUUUUGAGACUUCAGCUGCCCUCCGCUUCUAUAUUGAUGAUGUCUUUCAUGGACUAGUGAGAGAAAUCAGAAGGAAAGAGUCCUCACUGCCCAUGGUAGAGAAGAAGAUGAAGAGGAAGGAUAGUCUGUGGCGGAAACUGAAAGGAUCACUGAAGAAAAAAAAAGAAAGUACAACCUGAUAGUAGUUCCCCACAAGCCACCCAUCAGGAGCUGACCACAGUAACCUGUAAUAGUUCAAAAAGGCAGCAUUGACACAGCAUCUUCCAGACCAGGUUCUGGAGUUCUUUCCCUUCAGCCCUCAUGCAGAAGUAGCUCCUUGAAGGCCCAAUUCAUGGUUGCCCUGUAAUAUAGAUAAAGUCACUUAGCAUACUCUCUCAUCCCUUCUCUGCAAAUAUGAGUGGAGAAAAUACUGUGUUUUUUUCCCUGUGGUCCCUGGCUGGUCUUCAAAUGCUAGGAGUUAAGCCAGCAACCGAGGCAGAACCAGCUUCCACCACCUCUAGGACAAGGGAUGCACUUAUUGCCUCCUCUCUGCAUGCAUGGAUCAUUUUACCAUCCCAGAAAUGAAUAACAUUGAUUUCAAUGGACAUCUUGACUGUUUAAGGACUUUAGUAUUUGACCUUCAGCUUUGCAUUCACAUGUAGGUUUAGAGUUAGGCUGUGCUCAGCCAAUGCAUGUGUGUCUAUGUGCAAAUGUGAGAACCAGGCCCAAAGGGAAUGCUGGGGGCUCCCGAUUUUAACCCUGUAGAGCCUCAUGCUCAUUGUGUCCUGUCCAUUUAGCACAUAUGCACCAGCUGUCUGGAGGCUGCAGGGCUACAGCUCUGUCUCCUCUACUCAUUAUUCAACAGUACUGGCUAGUAGAAGUGUGGUAUCUUACAGACAUGUAGUGCGUUAGAAUCAUAGAAUAGUUUGUGUUGGAAGGGACCUUUCAAGGUCAUCUAGUCCAAACUCCCUGCAAUGAGCAGGGACAUCUUCAACCAGAUCGGGUUGCCCAAAGCCCCAUCCAAUCUGACCAUGAAUGUUUCUACCACCUCUCUGGGCAACCUGUUCCAGUGUUUCACCAUUGGCCACAAUGCUGCAUCCCAUCAAGGACAGCGCAAAGGCACUGUCUGUCUGAUGUUUCACAGAACUGCCCCUAGAACAGCACAGCUCUGUCCCAGCAUGUAAUAGCAUCUGCAAUGUAACAUUCAGUCCUCGACCUACUAGAGAAUUGCAUCAGGUCAGUCACCAUCUUUCACAGUCCUUGACCAUCCAGGUGAAUCAUUUGAUUGAUCAGUUGGAGAGGUCUUUUAGAUAUUCCUCUUUAAAGCUGGCAUGAAGUAGAGUAUAGUCUCAUUGACUCCCCCCCACCCCCCUCUCCCCCACCCCCCCGACUUCUUUUACUAUUGGUUUAUUUAUAAAUUUUACAGUUAAA